AUGACGAUGGAGAGCUUGGAGGGAGCUGGACUCUGCUUUCCACAACUGAACUCCUCCUGCAAGAUACCCAAACGCCCCUACACUGAGACCAUGCUGAUAAAUGUUCUGCUCUCUUCCAUUUCUAUGGUCACUGUUGCUCUUAACCUGCUGGUCAUCAUCUCCAUCUCCCACUUCAGGCAGCUCCACAACCCCACCAACCUCUUCCUGCUCUCUCUGGCUGUCUCGGAUCUCCUUGUGGGUCUCCUGCUGAUGCCUAUUGAAAUAAUCUACAUUGACACCUGCUGGUUUCUUGGUGACAUUGUGUGCACUUUGUAUUAUGUUGUAGACUACACUAUUACCUCUGCCUCAGUAGCCAACAUGGUGCUAUUGUCAUUUGACCGUUAUAUAGCCAUUUGUGACCCUCUGCAUUACCCCACCAAAGUCACUAAGAGUAGAGCAGAAAUCUGUGUGUGUCUGUGUUGGUUUGGCUCUGUUUUCUAUCGGAUCCUACUUUUAAAUGAUCACCUAGAACAACCAGGAAGGUCCAUUUCCUGUUUGGGAGAGUGUGUAGUUGUUAUUAACUAUAUUGCAGGAGCUGUUGACCUAGUUUUCACCUUUAUUAUUCCCAUUACUCUCAUCAUAAUUCUAUAUAUAAGAGUAUUUGUGGCAGUGGUGUCUCAAACUCGUGCUAUACGGUCUCACAUUGCAGCUGUUACAGUUCAAGGCAGACGAGUUAGCAAUGUGAAGAAAUCUGAGAUGAAAGCAGCCAGGACUCUUGGUAUUGUAGUAGUUGUGUUUUUGAUUUGUUUCUGUCCAUACUACUCCCCAAUUCUGGCUGGUCAAGACAUUUCAGUCGAUGCUUCAUCUGCAGCUUUUGAGAUCUGGCUGGCACAUUUUAACUCCUGUCUGAACCCUAUGAUCUAUGCCUUUUUCUACCCCUGGUUCAGAAAAUCUAUUAAACUCAUUGUAACACUUCAGAUACUGAAGCCUGGCUCCCGUGACGCUAAAAUGUUGUAA